CGCGCGGCCGCUCUCCAUAGGCCUGACGCUCCGCCGAGGGGUCGCUCGACCAAUCAGCGAGCCUCGACGCCGCGUGGGAGGCGGGAGCUUGGGACGUCUCUGCCGCGCCUCUUCUCUCUUCCGUCCUUUCUCUCAGUCCGCGUCGUCGAGCCUUUGCGGUAGCUGCAGCAACGAAGCGGGUGACGAGGAGCACCUUAGGGCCGUCGCCGCCAUGGAUUACGGGGAAGAAAUGGACCGUGACUAUGGACAUGGUGCCUAUGGUGGCCCAAGACCUAUGGACUCUUAUAUGAAUCAGUCAUAUGGAAUGGAAAGCCAUGGAGGUGGCGGUGGUGGAGGAGGAGGAGGUAACAGGUUUGGACCUUAUGAGUCUUACGACUCCGGGUCUUCUCUGGGUGGGCGAGAUCUGUACAGAUCUGGCUAUGGUUAUAAUGAGCCCGAACAAAGCCGCUUCGGAGGUAGUUAUGGUGGUCGAUUUGACAGCAACUACCGGAAUAGCCUUGACUCUUUCGGAGGUAGAAACCAGGGCGGGUCUAGCUGGGAAGCACCUUACUCACGCUCAAAAUUGAGGCCUGGGUUUAUGGAGGACAGAGGAAGAGAGACUUACUCUUCCUACAGCAGUUUUUCUUCACCCCAUAUGAAGCCUGCACCUGUAGGCUCUCGGGGGAGAGGAACGCCUGCUUACCCUGACAGUGGAUUUGGAAGCAGAAACUAUGAUGCUUUUGGAGGACCAUCAACAGGCAGAGGCCGUGGCCGAGGAUACAUGGGAGACUUUGGAGGCAUGCAUAGACCUGGAAUUGUGGUAGACUAUCAUAACAAACCCAGUUCUGCAGCUGUAGCUGCACGAGGAAUAAAGAGAAAAAUGAUACAGCAGCCGUAUAACAAACCAGGUGGGACAUUUAUCAAGAAACCCAAACUGACAAAACCUAAUGUGAAGAUGAACCAAAACAAACCUAAACCCGGGGCUUCAAGCAACAAAAUAAUUCCAGAGGAAAUGAAAACAUAUGACCCAGUUACAGAUGAAGACUUCAAAAAAGAUACCUAUGAUAACAUUUUUCAGGCCUUUGAAGGUGUCAAGCCAGAAGUCAAAAAUGAAGAAGAAGAAAAGCGCCGCAUUGAGGCAAGAAGGGAGAAGCAAAGGCGCAGGAGGGAGAAAAACAGUGAAAAGUAUGGUGAUGGUUACAGAAUGGCAUUCACCUGCUCAUUUUGUAAAUAUCGAACAUUUGAAGAAAAAGACAUUGAAGCUCAUCUGGAAAGUGCCGUUCACCAGGAAACUUUAGAUCAUAUUCAGAAAGUAACCAAAUUUGACAAAGUUGUGAUGGAGUUUCUUCAUGAAUGUAUGGUGAAUAAGUUCAAGAAAACUUCCAUGCGUAAACAGCAGACCGCAAGCCAAAUGGAAGCUGCUCUGAUAACUGAAAAAGAUGUAAUGGAAGGUGUCACACCUGAUGAUCAUAUGAUGAAAGUGGAGACCGUUCUCUGCUCUGCAUGCAGUGUGUAUGUCCCUGCACUACACAGUUCAGUUCAGCAGCACCUGAAGUCUCCAGAUCAUGCAAAAGGAAAACAGACUUAUAAAGAACAAAUUAAGAGAGAGAGCGUACUGACUGCUACCAGCAUUUUGAAUAACCCUAUUGUGAAGGCACGGUACGAACGUUACGUCAAGGGUGAAAAUCCAUUUGAAGUUACAGAUCAGAAUGCAGAGCAGCAAGAAGGAGAAGACAAGGCAACUGAACCUGUUGAGGAGGAGGAAGAGGAAGAGGCAGAAGCUGAAGAGGAGGAAGAGGAGGAAGCCGAAGCCGAAGAGCAGACAGACUUCACUCUCGACCAAACAGAAGAUAGUUAAAUACAAGAAAAUUUACACAAGUAGUGGAAAAUGCUGCUUUACAUUUCUGUCAGUGUGGCUAAGUAUAAAAUUUCUAGUAAUUAAAUACGAGGCUCUUGCUGUUACCCUUUACCCUUUGCAUGCAUUCCAUUUCAAUUGAAAAUGUUUUUGUGUCAUCUUUAUCUCUACUUAAAAUGAAGGUUUAAUGUUUUUAGUUCAGCAUUUUAGAUAACCCCAUCUUGUGUAUGUUUUUAAGAGUUGAUUUGUGAUAAUUAAGAACUGAUUAUAAUAAAAGUAGGAAGUUUACAUCAUUUCGGCACAAGAAUAUUUCAAGGAAACACGGCAUACGUAGUUCUAGGAUGCAUACAAUUAUGUUGUGAGUGUGGCUGUCACUUGGACUGCAUCACUCAAUGUAAAAUACGUGCUACAUCAUAUCUUGUAGGCUUUUUUGGUGAUAAAAUGUACUUGUUUGUAGCAAUAAAACAUUUGAAUAAU